AUGAAGAAUGGCAAGCCCCUGACCUCUGAAUCGAAAGACCCCAAUGGUAGUCUUCUGAAUGGCUUGAAGAGCAAGAAGCUCUCAAUCAAGUGUUUUGCUAUGUGGGAGCUCGCCAUUAUCUCGCGCGACUUUGAUGUGCGUCGGAAGGCAAUUUACGAGGAUCUUGAGCGGAAGGACGGGCCGAUGUGGUCGCAAGUCUAUGCCAUUUGUCUCAACACAAUCAAAAAUAUUGAGUUCAGAGUCGACAAUUACGGAAAGGCUCCUGCAGAAGCUACCGCAUCUGCAGCACCGUCCACAGAUGUCCAAGCACCAACUCAGCGGGUCACCCAACCUUUGAGGAAUGAGGAUGUUCUAAUACCGGCCUCGAAACGGAAAUCGUUCCGUGGUGAGGUAGAGAAGGUUGUGAGUCAGGUUGUGACUUCCCCUGGGCAGCCCUCUCGCUUGAGUCCAAUUGCGCAAAAGGCUGUGACGGAUGUUAAGGGUACGCUAUCCGCUAUUAGGCAAGAGGUCACCGGAUCGGGUGAAGCAGAAAGCCCAUUCCAGAUACAAAUGCGCAAGCUCAUAGCCUCGCCUGUUGGUUGGGCGUUCCGGCAGGAAUUUGGAAGGAGACUCACUGCAGCGGUUCUGGGCGGCCCUUAUGGAGAGCCUAGCCUUUACAUUAAUGCAGCAACCGCACUGACUCAAUUGUCUGUGCAAAGUUUGACAGAGGACAGGUACGGAAAUGUUCAGAGGGAUGUGUCAAGCAUCAUUCGAACAUUUACGGCUACAAUAAAAAAGCUGGAAGCCUUCAAGGCGAGCUUCCCGGCCCACUGGACGGACGUGGGUGGCUCUAGGGAAGCCCCCGAGGUGGAUCUGAUCUUGGAGGCUCUGAAACUGGGUCUCAACCAGCUCAUUACCGAGUUUGGUCCGUAUAGCAAGGACUUGAGACUGAGCCUGACGGACAUGCGGCUCGCUAGGGAAGCCGUUGGAGUGGCCAGUCACGAGGUGGUCAAGCAGCAAGAGAUGAGCCAGAUCCGAUAG